AUGGAACCUGCAAGGAUCUCUCAGCGCUACGUUGGGCCUCCCACCCUUGGCCCGAUCCUAGAGACUGGACAGCGUCGAGCACUCAUCGGUUGGAAGCAUAACCGAGAUACCGUCGCCGCUCUUCCCAAUGGCCAACUCUGGUGUUGGGUGUCUCAAGGCAAAGGUCAAAGACCCCCAGGCCAGCCCAAGUUGCAAAUCUUUGAUACUGAUGGCAACCGGUCGAGGUUCUUUGGUCCACGGAUUGACUGUGGAGUGGCCAACUUCAGCAUGGUCCGUAUGUUCCACCCAUACUGGUGUCCCAAUGGCCAGAUUCCUGUGGAUAUGGACUCUGAUGACAAACGGAGAUGCCGAGACCUCUAUCAUGAGCUCAUCGACCAGAAUAUCGAUGACUAUAACAACAAUGGCUCAGACGACGAUGACGAUGACGAUGGCGAUGACGACGACGACGGCGGCGGAGGUGGUGGUGGAGAUGGAGAUGGCGACGACGGCGACCGGCAGUAUCGGCGUUUUAAUCGCGAAGAGAACGGCAUCUUGUCCAACGCUCGUACCCAAGGGAUCAUACGCAGUGGCCCCUGGAAGCGACAGAUGGCUGAGCGCCGAGAAAAGGUCAUGUGGGACGAGUGGGAGGAGCAAUUGCGCCAGAAAGGACAAGCUAGCGACCGACGACGACUCGCUGCUGCAAGCCGCAACCGGGCUGGGCGCAACGCCAUCGCUGCUCGGCGUGCAGCUCGCUUCAACCGACAGUCUACUGGAAGCAGCUCUGAUAGUCAGCAGCAGCGCCAAGCUAGACGCGAUGCUAUGCAGAACGACCAAGCUAGGAUGCGCCGUGAGCGGCGCGCUCGCAAUGAAGCUGCUAGCAGUAGUAGGCUUCAAUCUCAGAUCAUCAGUGACUCGGAGUCGGACGAUGGAGGUGACUAUGGUGAUAUCAUGCACGGCGGCGAGGACGACGAGCAAUUCUUGCGAGAUGCGCUCAUGUACAACGCCACCAACGGCGUCAUUGAAUUGGACGAUGAUGAUCUGAACGUGAACGGAAGUGGGUAUGGAUACGCCAAUGCCCUUCAACAGCAUGAUGAGGAAUACGAGCAAAAGAUGUUCGUGUCUGAGUCUAGCGACAACAAUUCUAACAAUGGCAAUCAUCCGGAUAGCAAUGCCGGCGACAGCCAAGAAGGCAAUGCCAACAAUGACAUGGCUAGCGACAACGAUGUCCCCAACGAUCCUGCUCGGAACUCCAAUGAGCCGAACACUCGUGGCGGCAGCAAUGACAACGCCGACCAAACCCCCAGGGGCGGUAACGGUCGUGCUUCCUCCCUGGCUUCGCACAACUCAAACCGUAGCAUCAAAGAAGAGAAAAUCAAGCAGGAGCAAGCCGUGGAUCUUGAAGCACUGGAAAUUGACCCCGAUGAAGUUGAGGUCAUGGGUGAACGAGUGAUCAACCCACCUCCGCAACUCACGGGUGCUGGUAGCCUGGAUGACCCUUUUGCCUUCGACCGAGUGGUGGAGGAUGAAUUUAAGCAAAGAUCUGAUUUUUCGAUCGCGUAUUCGGAGAUGAAAGGACCCCUUGAGCUGUAUGAGAAUUCCUGA